GGACACCUUUGUGACAAUCAGGUUGUCAGGGAGUGCGUGGUCGCGCUUGAAACCCAACAACUACGGCGGAGCGAUACAACGUCUGAGACGCAGGGCAGGAGCAGGCGCGAGCACUAGUGGCUAUCUACGGAGAUUGAUCAAUCAAACAAUUCCUUUUCCAGACAAGCUACCCAAGGAAACAGAGUAAUUACACAAUGGCAGAUCAGUUGACAGAAGAGCAGAUUGCUGAGUUCAAGGAGGCGUUCUCCCUGUUUGAUAAGGACGGCGAUGGCACCAUCACCACCAAAGAGCUGGGCACGGUCAUGCGCUCGCUGGGACAGAACCCCACUGAGGCGGAGCUGCAGGACAUGAUCAACGAGGUGGACGCUGACGGGAACGGCACCAUUGACUUCCCAGAGUUCCUCACCAUGAUGGCGAGGAAGAUGAAGGACACAGACAGUGAGGAAGAGAUCAGGGAAGCCUUCCGCGUGUUUGACAAGGAUGGCAACGGCUACAUCAGCGCCGCUGAACUUCGUCAUGUCAUGACCAACCUGGGGGAGAAGCUUACGGACGAGGAGGUGGACGAGAUGAUCCGGGAGGCAGACAUCGACGGCGACGGACAGGUCAACUACGAAGAGUUUGUCCAGAUGAUGACUGCAAAGUAGAUGGGGGAGCAGAGGGGCGACCAAACGGUGGACCAGACCUCCACUGCCUCCAUCCCUCUCCACCUCAAGCGUCCUCCAGUCUCUCUCUCUCUCUCUCUCUCUCUCUCUCUCUCUCUCUCUCUCUCUCUCUCUCUCUCUCUCUCUCUCUCUCUCUCUCUCUCUCUCUCUCUCUCUCUCUCUCUCUCUCUCUCACACACACCUUCACUUGGGAGUGCCACGCAGCUCUGUUUACCUGCUUAGCAUUCGGUUGUUCUCAUGUCCUUAAUCCUCCGGCCCCUCCCCCUCACUGCCCCGCCUCUCUUACCCCCAGAACCCGCUUCUCUUACCCCAGUGCCAGUGGUCUCUCUCAGGCAGCUUCUGACCCAGACUGGGCCUCGAUGCCAGUGUGGGUCUCUGGGACUGGUCCCAAAGUUGGCCUGGUGUGUUCUGGGUGACUUCAACACAUACUUUAAUUCAUUUUAGCCCAAUUACUUUCAAUCAUUUUUUUUUUUUUUUUUAAAUCAGUUUGAAACAUUUCCCACAAAGCAGAUAUUACAUGUGCAAUGAUGAUCAAACCUGAAAUAUUUAUAUCUGAAUCUAUACACGUAUAUAAGUGGAGGUGUUAAGCUAACAAUAUUUUUCAAGUGUGACCUACACGGACAAGAGCAGUGCAUGCUUUCUUUAUUUUCUCCUUUUUUUCUUUCAGCAUGUUUCUGUGCUUCUGCCUGCCUGCCUGUAAUUUUCUCCCCCUCUCUCCCUCUCCUCUCUCUCUUCUCUCUCUCUCUCUCUCUCUAUCUCUCUCUCUCCCCCAUCUGUGUCUUCCCCCAUGGUAUGUUGCUGUGCAGCUCGAUUCCAAAUGGUUCAGACUGGGAUAGAAAGGAGAGGUGCAUUUUACAGUAGUUUGCCAACACUUGACUGCUCUCUCUCUCUCUGUCUCUCUCGGUCUCGUGUUUACUCUUGAGGACCUUGGUAUCCCUGACCAGUCUGGCGUGCAGCACCAUUCUGCCUCCGGUGGUGUGGCCUUGAGUCUCUGUGUGCUGCACCACUCCGGUGGUGUGGCCUUGAGUCUCUGUGUGCUGUAACACAGAUCAGACUUCACUCUCUGCCGGUAGCAGCUCUUGUGACCGACCUCUCCCCUCCCUCCCUCGUGUAGUUUAGCGUUGGGUCCUCGCACCUGACUGGCUGACCAAUCGGUGGCCUGCGGUAGCUCAAUUCCUGACCCUAGCCUGCCACGCCACGCCACGCCACGCCACACUCCAGUGGCGUCUGUGUGAGGCUUGGAGGGGUGGGGGUGCUGUAAGACUGGCACAAGCAGCGGGGCAGCCCGCGCUCGCUGCACACUCCAGAACUGGCCCCAUCUCUGGCGUCGACCCGCUCCAGAGUCGGCCGCCGUCGCGAGGAGUUGACCUUCAGAGACGCCUGUGGGGACCAGCGGCAGCCACACUGACAUGAGGCCAGGCGUCUGCUGAGCCUUGAACGCUGCACUUUAGGGGGCCUUCAGGAGCAGCCCUGAAUAUGCGCUUUCCUACAGUCCUACACAAUCCAACUGAACCAGUGACCAUUAGAUAAAAA